GAAAAAAGAGAAAAGCGGACGCAGGGGAGCGCGCGAAGCAGCGUGCGGAGAGCGCGUGAGGUGCCCUCUCGCGUCUUAAGCCGCAGGAGACGGCGUCCGUCUGCCUUUCCGCAGGAAUCCGCCUCGUGUGUCAUCAAGUAUCGGACCUUAAGUUUGACGCCGGGCGCCCGGAUCCUCCUGAGCGAGCUCCCGAUGUGGCGGCGGUGAGACCAGAGCAUCAUGUCGGAGCCCGCGGAGCCCAGCCAGGAGAUCGCCGAGUGGCUCUCCGCCCUCCGCCUGUCCCAGUACGCCGCGUACUUCCAGCGAGGAGGCUACGGAGCUCUGAAGGACUGCAAGCACCUCACCGACAAUCAGCUCCUGGGGCUGAAGGUGUUUCCCACGGGCCACCGCAGGCGCGUCCUCCGCAGUCUGGAAGCACUGGGGGUGAAGGAGGCGAGCGGCGGCGGCGGCGGCGGCGAGGAGGAGGACGAAAGGGGAGAGGAGGCGAGCGGGACGGUUCGCGGGAGGCCCGUGCCGCACCCGAGGCACAUCUUCCUGAAGGACAAGAGGAGGGGCACGUCGUGUCAGCAUCAGCCAAAGGAGACGAGGGGCCGCGAGGCAGAGGGGAGUCGAACGCUGCCUCCGGGAGCCGGACUGGGAGCCCGGAGCGGGGACGCCCGGCCGCCGCAACCGGCCCCGCGCGACCCCCGGAACAUCCAGCGAGCCCAGCCGGAGCGACCCGGUGUCCCUGCCGCCGCCGCGUCCUUCUCCACCAGCAGCACCAGCAGCUGCGAGUCGCUCGCCAUCUCCGAGUCCGCCUCCGACAGGGAGAUUUCCUCGGAGGGCCCCUCGCCGCGCAGCGCCCACUCCUUCCCCGAGGACCGGUUUCUGUUUCAGGGCGACAUGGUGGACAACUCCAUCUACGCGGCCACCCCCAUGGCUCCCGCGGGCCCGCGGAUCACCCACUCCUACCGGCUGAGGCACCGGCCCGUCCCGGAAAUCCCGGACCUCCCCGCCCCGCCGCUUCCGGAGAGGAGCAGGCGAACAUCCGGCCCCGAACACCUGGCCGCGGCCGCCGCCGAAGGUCCCACCGGUGGCGACGGCACACGGGAAGCUCCACUGCAGAGAGCGCCGACGGUCAUCGCUCCCUACGGAGAGCUGUUCCUGUACAACAACCCCGAAAGCACUCAGGGCCGCGGCGCCACAGACCGGCGGCAGAGGGGCUUCAAGGACAAGAUGAAACAGAGGAAACUGAGAAAGAAGAUGCCUGAGCGGAAACAAUCCAAGGAAAAAUUUCUCCCCCCCGCCCCCAAACCGGCGGACUCGGACACCGACGAAUACUCAACCGUGAAGCCGGCGUGUGAAACCGGCGCCUCCGGCCAAGGCCCCGAGGGUCCCGCCGUGGGGCCGGCUGCCCCCGACGCCGGCUCCUUGGUGAUGGUGGAGUGCGACCUCUACUCGGAGGCCGCGGACGCCCCCGGCGGCGGGACGGGCGCCGCCCUGCCCGACAUCUCGCCCUACGCCUGCUUCUACGGGGCCCCCAAACACCAGGUGCUCAAAGUGGGCUGGCUGGACAAGCUCUCCCCCCAAGGGAACUGUGUUUUUCAAAGGAGGUGGGUGAGAUUGGACGGCGACAGUCUGGCCUACUACAACAACGACAAGGAGAUGUACUCUAAAGGCAUGGUCCUGGCCAGUGCCGUGAGACAGGUGCGGGGACUCGGCGACAACAAGUUUGAGGUGGUCACCGCCCUCCGGACCUUCACGUUCCGAGCCGAGAGAGAAGGGGAGCGCCAGGAGUGGGUGGAAGCUCUUCAGAAGGCCGCGCGCCCGCCCGCCUGCCGCUCCCAGAAGCGCGCCGACAGCCUCACCCGCCCCGCCCCCACCAGCAAGCGCGGCCCGCUGGAGCUGCGCGGCCACAAAGGCAGAGUGCUGGUGUCCCUGGAGGGCAGCAGAGUCAGGCUCUGCAAAACAGAACAGGACUAUAAAGCGGGCCUGGGUAUCGCCGAGUUGGAACUGGCGGCCGCCAACAUCCGAGACGGGGACCGCAGGGGCUUUGAAAUCAACACGCCCUUCAAGAACUUCUGCUUCACCGCCGAGUCAGAACGGGAGAAGGAGGAGUGGAUUGAAGCGGUCCAGGAAUCGAUCGCCGAGACGCUCUCCGACUACGAAGUGGCGGAGAAGAUCUGGUUCAACGAGGCCAACAGGAGCUGCGCCGACUGCCGCGCCCCCCAGCCGGAGUGGGCGUCCGUCAACCUGGGCGUGGUCGUCUGUAAGAAGUGUGCAGGGCAACAUCGCUCCCUCGGCCCGAGCAUUUCCAAAGUGCGCAGCUUGAAGUUGGACAGCAGCAUCUGGAGCAAUGAGCUGGUGGAGCUCUUCUUGGAGGCAGGCAACAAGAAUACCAACAGCUUCUGGGCCGCCAAUCUUCCCCCGGAGGAGGAAAUCCACAGCGGCGCUUCGGAGGAGCAGCGCGCCACCUUCGUCCGCAGGAAGUACAGGGAGAGGAAGUACCGGAAGGUGCUGGAGGGCUUUCGCCGCCUGGAGCAGCUCAACCAGGCCCUGUGCGCGGCCGUGGUGACGCCCGACCUGCUGCUGACCAUGGCGCUGGUGUUCAGCGGGGCGGACGUCAUGUGCGCCACCGGGGACCCGGCCUCCUCCACCCCGUACCUCCUGGCCCAACGCGCGGGACAGAAGCUACAGAUGGAGUUCCUGCACCAGAACAAGCUCUCUGAUUUCCCCAGACUCGAGCAGUGGUCAGAGAGCCCUUCCCCGUCCGACGCCUCCCUCUUCAUGGAUGGCUUCCUCUACAUCUCCGCGGCGCCGGCCAAGACCUCGCUGGACCGCCGCGGAAGAGACGACAUGGCGCGUCGUUGGUGCACGCUGGAGGGCGGCUUCCUGAGCUACUACGAGAGCGAGCACAGCGCGGCGGCCACUGGCAGGGUGGACGUCUCAGAGGUGGUCAGCCUGGCCGUCAGCCACACGGAGACAAUGACUGGUGCCGGGGCCGUGUUCACCGUGGAGCUGUACCUGCGCACGGAGCGCGUCCUGGUGGUCGGGGCGGAGACGCAGGAGACGCAGCGCGACUGGAUCCAGGCGCUAACGAAGUGCUUCGUCCCGUCCAAAGCGGAGGGGCUGCUGCGGAGAGACGUGGAGCUGAUCGGCAGGCUGCACUACAAGGAGGGCCACGACCUGUACCACUGGCGGGGGGGCUGGUUCACGCUGGAGGGCUCCGCCCUGCACUUCAGCUCCGGGGACGAGGCGGCGCAGGAGGAGGUCCUUCAACUCAAGCAGCUGCAGGAGCUCACGGUCUCCGUGCAUACAGAAGGGGAGGACAAGAUCCAAGUGCUGCUGAUGGUGGAGGGAGGAAGGACAGUUUACAUCCACGGCUUCAACAAGAUGGACUUUGCGCUGUGGCACUCGGCCAUCACGCUGGCCGCCGGCACGGACGGCAAAGCGCUCAGCGACCAACAGCUGACCAAGAACGGCGUCCCGAUCGCCGUGGACAGCUGCAUCGCCUUCGUCACCCAAUACGGUCUGCGCCAGGAGGGGCUCUACGAGAGGCCGGGGGACGCCGGCCGGGUGGCGCUGCUCCUGCAGGAGUUCAGGCGGGACGCCCGCAACGUCAAGCUGAGGAGGAAGGAGCACCAGCUGGAGGAUGUGACGGACACCCUGAAGAGCUUCUUGUCCCAGGCGGAGGACGCGCUGCUCACCAAGGAGCUUUACCCGUACUGGGUGUCUGCUCUGGAUGAGAAGGACGAGAGACAGAGAGUGAAGAAGUACUCCACCUACAUAGAGAGUUUGCCAAAGAUAAACAAGUUGACCCUCGAUGCCGUCCUCCAACAUCUCUACAGGAUCCAGCAGUGCUCCAACCUCAAUCACAUGCCCAGCGAAAAACUGGCCUCCGUCUUCUCCGCCCGCUUGUUCCAGACUCGGGGACAAACCCCGCAGGAAAUCAGAGUCGUCCACGACCUCAUCAGCAACUACGUGACACUCUUCAGCGUCAAUGAAAGCCGCGUGCAGCAGAUGGAGAUCGAGAACAGUUUCAUCACCCGCUGGAACGAGAAGAAGGACGCCACGUUCUCUCCAGCCGGGGACCUGAUCUUUGAGGUCUACCUGGAAAAGAAAAAGCCGGAGAACUGCUGUUUAAUCAAGGUGUCUCCCGGCAUGCGAUCCGCGGAGCUCGCCGAGGCGGCGCUGACGGGGAGGAACGCCGGCUUCGCCACCAGUGAGUCCUGGACAACGUUCGAAGUCAUCGAGAACGGAGAGUUGGAGCGGCCGUUGCACCCAAAUGAGAGAAUCCUCGAGCAGGUCCUGGAGUGGAGCACGCUGGAUUUCCCUCAGUCUGCUUUUCUUGUCAUAAAGAAGUUUAGUUGGUUCAAGGCAGUGUGCGAUGACAAAGACCCAGGACGCUUGAUGAAAGGAGACUAUCUGAAGUUCAGCGACGGAUCCUCCAAGCUGCUGUCGGGCCACAAGUUUCAGGAUAAAUACGUUGUACUGCGGCCCGACAAGCUGCUGCUCUACAGAGACAUCAAAGGUACUAAAGCGGAGAAAGUCAUCCAACUGAGCUCUGUGAAAUGCUAUUUUGGCCUUAGGAAAAAGCUCAAACCUCCAACCAGCUGGGGCUUCACAGUCCACACCGACAAACAACAAUGGCACUUCUGCUGCGAGACGAGGGAGGCGCAGGUCGCCUGGGUGAGCGACGUGGUCAGGAUGACGCACGGCUCCAACCUCAGCCCAAAGGCCCCGCGUCCCAAAUCCUUCAGGGGGGGAGCGCCGGCCGGAGGCCAGACGAUCCCCCGCGUCCCCGGAACCAGCAAACAGCCGACAGACGAGAGAAUCUCUCCCGCCGACGGCUGGCCGACGCCGACCAGGGACGCCGUCGUGCCCCGCGGGGCAAACCCCCCGGCCGGCUUGCUCAAGGCCCCGCAGGUGCCGCAGCGAAGAAGCUCGGUGGACUCCGGCGGGCCUCAACAGCCCGCGCCCCCGUCCAGACUCACCAAGCCCCCGGCUUUGGCCCUCCCCGCUCAGAGUGGCUGCAGGACCCUCGGCAGGAGACCUCUCCAGGGCGGGGAGGUCUUGAUGCCUCCUAAUCUGAUGAACGAACUCAGCUCGGUGCUGAGCAAGACCAGUCGCGGCGCCAAGAGCAACGAUUGACAAGAGGCCGGCAAAGGGAAGAGGACGGGCGCCGAGGACGGACGGACGGGCGGACGGACGGGAGGGUACGGAGACCAAAGUGAAUGCACGAGGACCCGGCUGCCCUCUGAACUUGUGUGUGAGGGACGUCGAUGCACGAAGGGGAUGAUGAAACUUUGGAGGUCAUGCAGACGGCCGGACACGCUGACCCAAGCACUACAAAGCGUGAUUUAAAAACCCGAGGAAGGCUACCGAGAGUUCGUUCCACUGUGAAAAUCGCAGGAAAUUCUGGAAAUACUCCGGUAUUGUAUUUUUAAGGAGACUACAUCUGGAAUAAACAGCCUUCAUCUGGAUGUAAGCAGUGUUUUGCCGUGCAAAAGCUAUAAAUAGCAUUCAGUAUUCAAAAAUGAAAAGUGACGUGGUCCUCCAUUUCCACAAUUUACAAUACUUGAUGUUUUAUUCCCAAAUAGGCAUAUCAAGUUUCAAUAAAGAUGUGUAGGUUUCGGGCCACUUUGCCGUUAACGGAGGCUAAUAUGCGUUUCAGAUUCGCUAUUAGUGGUGGGCAAUCUAGCAAGUAUUAUUUAUUUGUGAUAAUGUAUUUUGGGGUUUGUUUUUUUAAACUGUUAACUACCUUUCUUUCUCUGUAACAAUUAGUUGUAUUGCUGCUUACAAUUGUUUUUAAGCACCAAUAAAAAAAAAAGUAAUGCAAAUGAA